CCGACCUGCAUUCUCGUUUAAACUUCAUGAUUUGAGUGUCAUACAACUCUGAGAAGCCAAGCACAGUCCGCUCUGCUGGCAGAGUUUGCAUUUAUGGCGAGGGAAAUGCAUGCGACAGUCUUCUUCUUUUUCGGUUUUUUUUGGGGUAUUGUUCUGGGGUUCUAAGUAUGGAUAAUCUGAUUUGAUCAAAUACCCAUUUUUGGCUUAAGCUUUGUGAGUUUUAGAUCUAACUUAGGUAGUUGUCGAGGCUUUUUGGUCCUAAGAUAUCCACUGAAUCCAGCCCGAAGUUCAAAUUUGACUGCCCGUGGAAAUUUUCUCUUGCUAGCAAAAAACGCGAGUGGUGGCGCGUCUGAAUCACUUUUUGAGCAUAAGGAGUUUCUUUUAUCAUCGCGUGCUUUGGUACAUCAUUCAAUUUGCUUGCCUUUUUUCUUGGAAAGUUGGGUCAACUUCUGGACAGAAAGGGUGGUAAUUGCUUUGGUGAUGGUAAAAGCCAAUAAGACGUUCGGAGAAAGAGGCAAAACAAGUGAAUGCCUUUUACACCUUCCCAUAAAGGCCAAGUGCAUCAUCUCCUAGAAACACAAUGCAGGAAUGAAAAGGCCUUCUUUAGUCAAUCACCUAGAGCUUUUUUCUUGUGCUUUUUUCUUUAACGAUUUGGACGAAAGAUAAGAAUCUCUAAUCUUGGUACCCCCAGCAAAUUGCUAUCCAACUGGCUUUAUCUCGGCUCAUGAGAUGGUUUCAUUCAGCAGAGUGGGGAAAUUUAUUCCAGAUCAGUCCUUGAUAGGCUUUGCAGUGAAGUUUCUCGGUCAGAAUGCUUUUCGAUUUUAGAAGCAGGCAUUAGCUUCAAGGUCAAGUGUUUCUUGUUGACCAAUCAUUUUUCUAAUCCUUGCCCGAAGUUUCUUAAGUAGAAGAAAUGCCAAGACCAAGCAGGGGUUCAGAAGUGCCUCAGAGGCAGUCUCCCAGAGGUUCCCUUCAGCUCAGAACUUCAAGCUCUGAUUCUGAUAACUCACACCAUCGCCCCCUCCCUGACCGAAGCCCUAAGCUAGGAGAUCGCCGUUCUCCACGAGGUGCCCAAUCUGAUUCUGUUAAUCAAAAGAAACUUGGAACUCGCAUUGCAGAUCUGGAAUCUCAGCUUGGCCAAGCUCAAGAAGAGCUUAAGCAUCUGAAAGAGCAAUUGGCCUCAGCUGAGGCUGCAAAGAAAGUGGCUCAAGAAAAGCUUGAGAAGAAAACAAAAACCAAGUUUGUACCAGACUCAGCCAACUUCCCUGAAAAGCGUCGUGCAAAAGAAGUUGAAGAAUCAAACAAGACAAAGAGCAACCCUUUAAAUGAUGUUCCUGAUGACAUCCAGCAGGAGACUGAUGUUUUUGAAGUACCAGUUGAGAAGGUUGCUUUGGAGACACAAAUAGAGAUCAGCCAACUGAACAAUGAGAUAGAGAAGGAAACAAAAGCAACUGACUUACCAGCAGAGCCACCCGUAUUUGUGGAGCCACCCUCGCACCUGCUUCAGUUGGCUGAGAAGGAGGAUGAGAUAAAUUUGCUUAAAGGUAAGUUACUAGAAAAGGAGAAGGAACUUGAAGUAGCUGACCAACAGACCGAAAACCUGAAAAAGCAACUAGACGAGGCAACAAUGACGAUAUCUUCUGCUCAGAGCAAAGAAGAAGAGAUGGCCUCAAAGCUGAGCCAGCUAGAAGAGGAACUUAAAGCGAGCAAAGAAAACAACAUCCAAUUAAAGGUGAAAUUAGAAGCUGUAGAAGGAGGUAAAGAAGAACUAGAAGCGGAGAUGAAGAAGCUGAGGGUGCAGACCGAGCAGUGGAGGAAAGCAGCAGAUGCAGCAGCUGCUGUUCUUGCUGGUGGUGUUGAAUUGAAUGGGAGAGUUCCUGGAAGAUGUGGUUCGAUGGAUAAGCAUUUCGGAGGUGUUUUUGAGGUGCCUCGUGCGGGUUAUGCUGGUUUUGUGGGGUCACCAGGAAAUAUUGAUGAUGUAGACGAUGGCUUUGGUGGUGGAAAGCGAAAGAACUCUGGGAUCAGAAUGUUUGGAGAUUUGUGGAAGAAGAAGGGCCAGAAGUGAUCCAUCAUCUCUGUGCUCCAGUAACCUUAUAUGGUUUUGGUGUCAUUAAUGGUCGAAAACGAGGAAAAUUGUUGCCUGUUAGUCUUUUGGGUUUGGAAGUGCUAGUGCUUUUUGUUCUCUUCUGCUAGGAUGAGGGACAUACUUUAUGCAUGUAUAUCUCUGGUAUCGAAUCUAAAUCUAAACCAGUAUGGCACUGCUCAAUUUAUUUGA